CGGGAUCUGUUCUCAACGAAAAUGAGUUGCCCUCGUCUUGUACUAGCCUUUUUGGCUUUGCUCAGCACCCAUGCUCUCUUCGCUGCUGCUGGUGGUACGACUCCUUGGGAUUCUCCAGCCCUGGCAGACAGUUUCAUGAAAAGUUUCAUGGAUGAAAUAGGUACCAGUGGAGCAUUCUCUUCGAGUCAAAUCGAUGACAUGAGUACCAUUGGCGAUACCAUGAUGGAUUCUGUCAAUAGAUUGGCAAGCAGUGGACGAAUCUCGAAAUCAAAACUUCAAGCUCUGAAUAUGGCAUUUGCUUCAUCCAUGGCUGAAAUAGCUGCUACAGAAGAAGGUGGCUUGAGUAUAGGUGCAAAAACGAGCGCCAUUGCCAGUGCUCUUAGAGGCGCCUUCUUUCAGACAACAGGCUAUGCAAAUGAGCAAUUCAUAAACGAAAUUACAUCGUUAAUCAAUAUGAUUGCUCAAGCAAAUGUAAAUGCAGUGUCAGCAAGUGCUUCCGCAGCCGCAGGAGGAGGAUAUGGUGCUCCUGCAUAUGGUCCUUCAAGUUAUGGACCAUCACAACAACAAUCUUCUGCCAGCUCGGUAUCUAUAAGCGCAUCUGCCGCUGGAGCUGGACCCAGAGGUCAAGCACCUUCUAGAUCUGCACAACAAGGACCUAGAGGACCAUCCGGACCUGGAGGUGCCUCUGUCUCCGCCGCUGCUGCAGCUGCAGGUGGACCCGGAAGUCAAGGACCAUAUGGACCAGGACAACAAGGACCAGGUGCAAGAGGACCAUCCGGACCCAGUCAACAGGGACCUGGAGGAUAUGGACCAUCUGGACCUGGAGGUGCUUCUGCCGCGGCCGCGGCUGCAGCUGCCGGUGGACCCGGAGGUCAAGGACCAUACGGACCAGGACAACAAGGACCAGGUGCAGGACCAUAUGGACCCGGACAACAGGGACCUGGACAACAAGGACCUGGAGGUUAUGGACCAUCUGGACCUGGAGGUGCCGCGGCCGCCGCCGCUGCUGCAGCUGCAGGUGGACCUGGAGGACAAGGACCAUCUGGACCUGGACAACAAGGACCAGGAGGUUAUGGACCAUCUGGACCAAGUGGAGCAUCCGCUGCCGCAGCCGCAGCAGGAGGUCAAGGACCUUAUGGACAAGGACAACAAGGACCAGGAGGACAACAAGGACCAGGAGGAUAUGGACCAUCUGGACCUGGAGGAGCUUCUGCCGCCGCCGCUGCUGCAGCUGGAGGUGGACCCGGAGGACAAGGACCAUACGGACCAGGACAACAAGGACGAGGUGCCGCUGCCGCCGCCGCUGCUGCAGCUGCAGGUGGACCUGGAGGACAAGGACCAUCUGGACCUGGACAACUAGGACCAGGAGGUUAUGGACCAUCUGGACCAAGUGGAGCAUCCGCUGCCGCAGCCGCAGCAGGAGGUCAAGGACCUUAUGGACAAGGACAACAAGGACCAGGAGGUUAUGGACCAUCUGGACCAAGUGGAGCAUCCGCUGCCGCAGCCGCAGCAGGAGGUCAAGGACCUUAUGGACAAGGACAACAAGGACCAGGACAACAAGGACCAGGAGGUUAUGGACCAUCUGGACCAAGUGGAGCAUCCGCUGCCGCAGCCGCAGCAGGAGGUCAAGGACCUUAUGGACAAGGACAACAAGGACCAGGAGGAUAUGGACCAUCUGGACCUGGAGGAGCUUCUGCCGCCGCUGCUGCUGCAGCUGCAGGUGGACCCGGAGGACAAGGACCAUACGGACCAGGACAACAAGGACCAUACGGACCCGGACAACAGGGACCUGGACAACAAGGACCUGGAGGUUAUGGACCAUCUGGACCUGGAGGUGCCGCUGCCGCCGCCGCUGCUGCAGCUGCAGGUGGACCUGGAGGACAAGGACCAUCUGGACCUGGACAACUAGGACCAGGAGGUUAUGGAGCAUCUGGACCAAGUGGAGCAUCCGCUGCCGCAGCCGCAGCAGGAGGUCAAGGACCUUAUGGACAAGGACAACAAGGAUCAGGAGGUUAUGGACCAUCUGGACAAAGUGGAGCAUCCGCUGCCGCAGCCGCAGCAGGAGGUCAAGGACCUUAUGGACAAGGACAACAAGGACCAGGACAACAGGGACCAGGAGUUUAUGGACCAUCUGGACCAAGUGGAGCAUCCGCUGCCGCAGCCGCAGCAGGAGGUCAAGGACCUUAUGGACAAGGACAACAAGGACCAGGAGGAUAUGGACCAUCUGGACCUGGAGGAGCUUCUGCCGCCGCCGCUGCUGCAGCUGCAGGUGGACCCGGAGGACAAGGACCAUACGGACCAGGACAACAAGGACCAUACGGACCCGGACAACAGGGACCUGGACAACAAGGACCUGGAGGUUAUGGACCAUCUGGACCUGGAGGUGCCGCUGCCGCCGCCGCUGCUGCAGCUGCAGGUGGACCUGGAGGACAAGGACCAUCUGGACCUGGACAACAAGGACCAGGAGGUUAUGGACCAUCUGGACCAAGUGGAGCAUCCGCAGCCGCAGCCGCAGCAGGAGGUCAAGGACCUUAUGGACAAGGACAACAAGGACCAGGAGGAUAUGGACCAUCUGGACCUGGAGGAGCUUCUGCCGCCGCCGCUGCUGCAGCUGCAGGUGGACCCGGAGGACAAGGACCAUACGGACCAGGACAACAAGGACCAUACGGACCCGGACAACAGGGACCUGGACAACAAGGACCUGGAGGUUAUGGACCAUCUGGACCUGGAGGUGCCGCUGCCGCCGCCGCUGCUGCAGCUGCAGGUGGACCUGGAGGACAAGGACCAUCUGGACCUGGACAACAAGGACCAGGAGGUUAUGGACCAUCUGGACCAAGUGGAGCAUCUGCUGCCGCAGCCGCAGCAGGAGGUCAAGGACCUUAUGGACAAGGACAACAAGGACCAGGACAACAAGGACCAGGAGGUUAUGGACCAUCUGGACCAAGUGGAGCAUCCGCUGCCGCAGCCGCAGCAGGAGGUCAAGGACCUUAUGGACAAGGACAACAAGGACCAGUUGGAUAUGGACCAUCUGGACCUGGAGGAGCUUCUGCCGCCGCCGCUGCUGCAGCUGCAGGUGGACCCGGAGGACAAGGACCAUACGGACCAGGACAACAAGGACCAUACGGACCCGGACAACAGGGACCUGGACAACAAGGACCUGGAGGUUAUGGACCAUCUGGACCUGGAGGUGCCGCGGCCGCCGCCGCUGCUGCAGCUGCAGGUGGACCUGGAGGACAAGGACCAUCUGGACCUGGACAACAAGGACCAGGAGGUUAUGGACCAUCUGGACCAAGUGGAGCAUCCGCUGCCGCAGCCGCAGCAGGAGGUCAAGGACCUUAUGGACAAGGACAACAAGGACCAGGACAACAAGGACCAGGAGGUUAUGGACCAUCUGGACCAAGUGGAGCAUCCGCUGCCGCAGCCGCAGCAGGAGGUCAAGGACCUUAUGGACAAGGACAACAAGGACCAGUUGGAUAUGGACCAUCUGGACCUGGAGGAGCUUCUGCCGCCGCCGCUGCUGCAGCUGCAGGUGGACCCGGAGGACAAGGACCAUACGGACCAGGACAACAAGGACCAUACGGACCCGGACAACAGGGACCUGGACAACAAGGACCUGGAGGUUAUGGACCAUCUGGACCUGGAGGUGCCGCUGCCGCCGCCGCUGCUGCAGCUGCAGGUGGACCUGGAGGACAAGGACCAUCUGGACCUGGACAACUAGGACCAGGAGGUUAUGGACCAUCUGGACCAAGUGGAGCAUCCGCUGCCGCAGCCGCAGCAGGAGGUCAAGGACCUUAUGGACAAGGACAACAAGGAUCAGGAGGUUAUGGACCAUCUGGACAAAGUGGAGCAUCCGCUGCCGCAGCCGCAGCAGGAGGUCAAGGACCUUAUGGACAAGGACAACAAGGACCAGGACAACAAGGACCAGGAGUUUAUGGACCAUCUGGACCAAGUGGAGCAUCCGCUGCCGCAGCCGCAGCAGGAGGUCAAGGACCUUAUGGACAAGGACAACAAGGACCAGGAGGAUAUGGACCAUCUGGACCUGGAGGAGCUUCUGCCGCCGCCGCUGCUGCAGCUGCAGGUGGACCCGGAGGACAAGGACCAUACGGACCAGGACAACAAGGACCAUACGGACCCGGACAACAGGGACCUGGACAACAAGGACCUGGAGGUUAUGGACCAUCUGGACCUGGAGGUGCCGCUGCCGCCGCCGCUGCUGCAGCUGCAGGUGGACCUGGAGGACAAGGACCAUCUCGACCUGGACAACAAGGACCAGGAGGUUAUGGACCAUCUGGACCAAGUGGAGCAUCCGCUGCCGCAGCCGCAGCAGGAGGUCAAGGACCUUAUGGACAAGGACAACAAGGACCAGGAGGUUAUGGACCAUCUGGACCAAGUGGAGCAUCCGCAGCCGCAGCCGCAGCAGGAGGUCAAGGACCUUAUGGACAAGGACAACAAGGACCAGGAGGAUAUGGACCAUCUGGACCUGGAGGAGCUUCUGCCGCCGCCGCUGCUGCAGCUGCAGGUGGACCCGGAGGACAAGGACCAUACGGACCAGGACAACAAGGACCAUACGGACCCGGACAACAGGGACCUGGACAACAAGGACCUGGAGGUUAUGGACCAUCUGGACCUGGAGGUGCCGCUGCCGCCGCCGCUGCUGCAGCUGCAGGUGGACCUGGAGGACAAGGACCAUCUGGACCUGGACAACAAGGACCAGGAGGUUAUGGACCAUCUGGACCAAGUGGAGCAUCCGCUGCCGCAGCCGCAGCAGGAGGUCAAGGACCUUAUGGACAAGGACAACAAGGACCAGGUGGAUAUGGACCAUCUGGACCUGGAGGAGCUUCUGCCGCCGCCGCUGCUGCAGCUGCAGGUGGACCCGGAGGACAAGGACCAUACGGACCAGGACAACAGGGACCUGGACAACAAGGACCUGGAGGUUAUGGACCAUAUGGACCUGGAGGUGCCGCUGCCGCCGCCGCUGCUGCAGCUGCAGGUGGACCUGGAGGACAAGGACCAUCUGGACCUGGACAACAAGGACCAGGAGGUUAUGGACCAUCUGGACCAAGUGGAGCAUCCGCUGCCGCAGCCGCAGCAGGAGGUCAAGGACCUUAUGGACAAGGACAACAAGGACCAGGAGGUUAUGGACCAUCUGGACCAAGUGGAGCAUCCGCUGCCGCAGCCGCAGCAGGAGGUCAAGGACCUUAUGGACAAGGACAACAAGGACCAGGAGGAUAUGGACCAUCUGGACCUGGAGGAGCUUCUGCCGCCGUCGCUGCUGCAGCUGCAGGUGGACCCGGAGGACAAGGACCAUACGGUCCAGGACAACAAGGACCAUACGGACCCGGACAACAGGGACCUGGACAACAAGGACCUGGAGGUUAUGGACCAUCUGGACCUGGAGGUGCCGCUGCCGCCGCCGCUGCUGCAGCUGCAGGUGGACCUGGAGGACAAGGACCAUCUGGACCUGGACAACAAGGACCAGGAGGUUAUGGACCAUCUGGACCAAGUGGAGCAUCCGCUGCCGCAGCCGCAGCAGGAGGUCAAGGAACUUAUGGACAAGGACAACAAGGACCAGGAGGUUAUGGACCAUCUGGACCAAGUGGAGCAUCCGCUGCCGCAGCCGCAGCAGGAGGUCAAGGACCUUAUGGACAAGGACAACAAGGACCAGGAGGAUAUGGACCAUCUGGACCUGGAGGAGCUUCUGCCGCCGUCGCUGCUGCAGCUGCAGGUGGACCCGGAGGACAAGGACCAUACGGUCCAGGACAACAAGGACCAUACGGACCCGGACAACAGGGACCUGGACAACAAGGACCUGGAGGUUAUGGACCAUCUGGACCUGGAGGUGCCGCUGCCGCCGCCGCUGCUGCAGCUGCAGGUGGACCUGGAGGACAAGGACCAUCUGGACCUGGGCAACAAGGACCAGGUGGUUAUGGACCAUCUGGACCAAGUGGAGCAUCCGCUGCCGCAGCCGCAGCAGGAGGUCAAGGGCCUUAUGGACAAGGACAACAAGGACCAUACGGACCAGGACAACAGGGACCAGGAGGGCAAGGACCUGGAGGUUAUGGACCAUCUGGACCAGGUGGUGCUUCUGCUGCCGCCGCUGCUGCAGCUGCUGGUGGACCUGGAGGUCAAGGACCAUUCGGCCCAGGCCAACAGGGACCAGGUGCAGGAGGACCAUACGGACCCGGACAACAGGGACCUGGACAACAAGGACCUGGAGGAUAUGGACCAUCUGGACCUGGUGGUGCUGCUGCCGCCUCCGCUGCUGCAGCUGCAGGUGGAGCAGGAGGACAAGGACCAUCUGGACCUGGACAACAAGGACCUGGUGGUUAUGGACCUUCUGGACCAAGUGGAGCUUCCGCUGCUGCAGCCGCAGCAGGAGGUCAAGGACCUUAUGGACAAGGACAACAAGGACUAGGAGGUUAUGGACCAUCUGGACCAAGUGGAGCAGCCGCUGCCGCAGCCGCAGCAGGAGGUCAAGGACCUUAUGGACAAGGACAACAAGGACCAGCAGGAUAUGGACCAUCCGGACCUGGAGGAGCUUCUGCCGCCGCCGCUGCUGCAGCUGCAGGUGGACCCGGAGGUCAAGGACCAUACGGACCCGGACAACAGGGACCAGGAGCACAAGGACCUGGAGGUUAUGGACCAUCUGGACCAGGUGGUGCUGCUGCUGCCGCCGCUUCUGCAGCUGCAGGUGGACCUGGACGACAAGGACCAUCUGGACCUGGACAACAAGGACCUGGAAGUUAUGGUCCAUCUGGACCAAGUGGAGCAUCCGCUGCCGCAGCAGCAGCUGGAGGUCAAGGACCUUAUGGACAAGGACAACAAGGACCAGGAGGAUAUGGACCAUCUGGGCCCGUAUCAGGUGUUUCAGCUAGUGUAUCUAGUGCUGCUACUAGGCUAUCAUCUCCUGCUGCUUCGUCUAGAGUAUCUUCCGCUGUCUCGACACUUGCUUCUAGUGGACCCUCUGACGCAGGUGUUGUUUCCUCCGCUUUGAGCAACUUGGUAUCUCAAGUCAGUACCAAUCAUCCUGGUCUUUCUGAAUGCGACGUAAUUGUUCAAGCAUUGUUGGAGUUAGUGUCUGCGCUUGUCCAUAUAUUGGGAUCAUCAAGUGUCGGUCAAGUAGAUUAUAACGGUGCCAGUUAUUCUGCUCAAACCCUUGGGCAGGCCGUUGCGCAAGCUCUCGCUUAAAUUCUCAUCUUCUUUAUAAUAAUAAAUAUUUGCAUCUUUUUUAAAUGUCUUUAUAUUAAAAUUUCAAUAAAUCUGUAUUUUGAAGUC